AGCUGGAUCGUGCGCAUUCUCGGCUAAAGCUUUUGGUGGACAAUGAGCAUGCGUACCUUGUCUGAAGUUGAUAAAUUGAAAUUGAACAUGCGUAAUUAACCUUUCUGAAUAGAGGGGGAAAAAACACACACACACAACAAAAUUCUUCGUUUGUGAACAUGCGCAACUCGUUCUCCGUAGCCUUUUUUAAAAAUCGAAAGUGAGCAUGCGCAUAAUGAGGGGGUUGGCCCUCUGAAGUUUGAACGGGACGGAAACGGCUGGUUCUGGGUCUGCGAGUUGCUCACUUUUUUGAGGGAAUAGGCCUAGUUUGCAUCUCAGCAUGUCAAUAGUAACAGUGCAACUUGGUCAGUGUGGUAAUCAGAUUGGUUUUGAAGUAUUUGAUGCUCUAUAUACUGACUCACACUGUCCCCAGGGACUCUGCUCUAAAAGAGAGAAUGAGGCAUAUCAAGCAUCUUGCAAAGAAAGAUUCUUCAGUGAGGAGGAAAAUGGAGUUCCAGUUGCCCGGGCUGUACUUGUUGAUAUGGAACCUAAAGUUACCAGUCAAACACUAUCAAAGGCUGCCCAGUCUGGCCGAUGGAAAUAUGGCCAGCAUUCAUGCUUCUGUCAAAAACAAGGUUCUGGAAACAACUGGGCAUAUGGUUACUCUGUUCAUGGACCCAGGCAUGAAGAAUCUAUAAUGAACCUAAUCCAGAAGGAAGUGGAGAAAUGUGACUCUUUGAGUGGUUUUUUCAUUAUAAUGAGUAUGGCUGGGGGCACAGGAUCAGGGCUAGGAGCCUUUGUUACACAGAAUUUACAAGAUCAGUACUCAAACUCUUUGAAAAUGAAUCAGAUUAUAUGGCCUUAUGGAACUGGUGAGGUUAUUGUCCAGAACUACAACUCCAUUUUGACUCUUUCUCACUUGUACCGAUCUUCAGAUGCCCUCCUUGUUCAUGAAAAUGAUGCUCUUCAUAAGAUCUGUGCGAAACUGAUGAACAUCAAGCAGAUCUCCUUUAGCAAUAUAAACCAAGUCCUUGCACAUCAGUUGGGAAGCGUGUUCCAGCCUACGUAUUCUGUGGAAGGCUCAUGUCACUACAGAAGAAAUCCAUUAGGAGACUUAAUGGAGAAUUUAGUUCCCCAUCCUGAAUUCAAGAUGCUGGGUAUUCGUAACAUUCCUCAAAUGUCUGAGAACUCACUGGCAUACAGCACAUUUACUUGGGCUGGCCUCCUCAAACAUCUGAGACAGAUGCUCAUUUCUAAUUCAAAAAUGGAAGAAGGUAUUGAUUGGCAGGUACGGCCUCCUUUACCAGGACUUCCUACUCUGGGUAAAGCGUCUCUCAACAGGGGGCUUCAUUUUAACAUGUCCAUCGCCAACUUGGUCAUCCUUCGUGGGAAAGAUGUGCACAGUGCGGAUCUGGGAGGAUUUAAAGAUUCAGCUCUCUAUACUUCUUGGUUAGAGCCUAUUAAUGCUUUCAAUGCGUGGAAAACCCACCGAGCCUUUAGCAAAUAUGAGAAGUCUGCAGCAUUGGUCAGCAAUAGCCAGUUCUUACUAAAACCACUUGAUACGAUUGUGGGCAAAGCGUGGAAUAUGUUUGCUUCAAAAGCCUACAUUCAUCAGUACACAAAAUUUGGAAUGGAAGAAGAGGACUUUUUGGACAGUUUCACAUUGUUAGAACAGGUUGUUGCCAGUUACUGCAACCUCUAAUCUCGAACAAAGGAAAAAAGUACCUUAAGUCAUUUUUGGGCUAAAAUAUUUUCAAUAGUACUUUCUCUGUACGGUUUUCAAAUGUCUACCUGUUAAAGUAACAAAGUCAAAUGCUGUUUCCUUUGGCAUAUUAUGACCACGGAAAAGGAGGAAAACCUUUUAAACCGAGAACAUCAUGUGUUUUUUUUUUUAAAGAUUUUAUUUAUUUAUUUGACAGAGAGAGACACAGCGAGAGAGGGAACAUAAGCAGGGGGAGCAGGAGAGGGAGAAGCAGGCUUCCUGCUGAGCAGGGAGCCCGAUGCGGGGCUCGAUCCCAGACCCUGGGAUCAUGACCUGAGCCGAAGGCAGACGCUUAACGACUGAGCCACCCAGGCACCCCGAGAACAUCAUAUUUUCAAUGAAAAUGUCUACUUGGUAUUUUCAUUUGUAAGAAAGAAACUGGUGCUUCUAUAAAAAAAUUUGGAAACACUUUGCUGAAAUGUUGGAACUCUGGAAGUAUCCAAAAAAGGGAAUAUUAUGUUCUGUCCCCAUGUUUCUAAGUCUUCCCUUCUUUUUUUUUUUUAAAGACUUUAUCCGAGAGCAAGCGAGCGUGGGGGGAGGGGCAGAGGGAGAAGCAGGCAUCCCACUGAGCAGGGAGCCUGAUAUGGGGCUUGAUCUCGGGACUCCGGAAGUCUUCCCUUCUUUAUUCCAAAAAGGAUUCACUAAAUACCAGCUAAACUUUUACAGCACAAUUUGAAACUGAGAAAUUGCAGAAACUGAGAAAAUGCAUUUAAUUGAAGUGGAUGCCUUGAACCACAAGAGGGAGCUAUUGUCAUAUGCUAGAUUAUGAACUUUUUUAAAAAUAUUUUCUUCUGUAACAGUAAGAUUUUCCACUUUAAGCAGCUAUUUAAAAAUAAAUAUCAGAUUUUGUUAAUAAAUGUAUAUCAUGCUUAAGUACAAAAGUAAGGAAGUAAAUGCUUUUCUUAAAAUUUUCUAGGCAUCAGAAAAUUGGGUCAGUUUUUCUUUUAGCCCUUGAAAUGUAAGAGCAGAAAGUGACUUUAUUCAACUAGUGCUUUCAGAUUACGUAUAGGUAUUUAGCUAGCGUGAAAGAUGUUAUGCUUGUCAGUAAAAGGGGUAAGUUUUCACUAAAAUUUCACUAGGUUGAGAAAAUUACCACCAAGGUAAUACUGUCCUUGAUGAAAUUGAACAUACAGAUGUGGGUUUCACUCAGAACAAAACACACUUGGAAAUUGGCAACUGAGUUUGAAGGCGAUUGUGUAUUUCAAUAAAACAUGUCACAUGCAGUGUAUUAACAUAUGUCAAAUGGGAAACAAAUAGGAACAUUUGCCCCUUCUGCCAAAUCUACCAGUGGUGAUUUAUUUUUAUAUGGAAAAAUGACAGUUCACAGCUUCACUGGUUUCUUCCUUUUCUUUCCAUAUGGAAAUGAUUACUUUUUUGCUGUUUUUCUUAUCAACUGUUGCUAUGAUUUAAAAUACUGAGCCAUAUCUUAUUUCUAAGGAAUGUGAAAAGUGGUCUGUUCAGCCACUAAAGGCACACCCCUCUGCUGCAUUUUGUUAACCCAAGUAUACUUGAAAAAUAAUCAGAUAAUGAUUUUUACAAAAUAAAGUUAAAAGUAAUGGUUUUACACUGAAGACAUCCAAAGACUGAAACAACUUCCCAAACUGAACUAGCAUUAAUGAAGAUCCGGAGCUUACCAGGGGUUAAGCUGAUUCUGAGGAACCUGCUAGAAGUGAAGCUUAAAGAAAGUUGUAAAUCACUUUAUAUUUAAGAAAGGAAUUCAUGAGGUACCAGUGGGGACAAGUUUAUUUCUAAUUUGGCAACUCAUGAAAUCAAUGGCAGGUGAAUAUUAGAAGAAAGCCCCAGUUAGACACAGCUCUGGGUCCAUUCACUUAUAUGAGUAGAGCCUUUUUUAUGAUCCACAACUGCAUUAUUUGAUGUGUGUGAAUACCUAAAUAUUUGCAGACUUGUUUUAAAACAUUUAGAUGAAAAAAUUUUUUUUUCUGUUUGGAGUAACAAAAUUUUUGCUGUUAGAGUUGUGAUUUAACUUUAACACAAAGGGGAUGCCAAAGCUUCAAGAUAGGGGGUGUAACUGGAAAUGUACUUUGUGCAGAGAAAACGGCCGAUCAGCCAGGGCAACAUUAGGAUCAUAACUUCCUGGGCAUACAGAUCCAGAAGCUUUGAACUUGAAAUAUCUUAGAUUACUGGGUAACUGGAGUACUAUGUUGUCACUCACAUUUCUCCCAGAGCCCACACACACUCCCUGUAGGCAAUAACGAAGUGUAAAUUCAAACUGCUUAUUUUUAAGCCUCUUCACUCCUUCAUUUGUGCUUUUGUCAAGAGUUCUUUAAGCGGUGGAACCUGUUUCUUCCCAUUCAUUCCCUCUUGCUUCUAGCUUUGCCCCUGCCUACAGGAUCCAGUCAAUCUGCAACAUCUUUCUCCUUUAUUUAACCUGUCACUUAGACCUUAGCCAACAUAUCCACGAUUCACUGUUCUCAGGUAAUUCAUUCAUUCCAUCAAUAUCUAGUCAGUGCCAGGCACUGACUUAAAGGGGUUAAGACCACAUAGUCUAAGUGAAGAAGCUUACAGUGUAGCUAAGUUUCUUUGAAUGUCUUUUUCUUUUUUUUUCUUUUUUUUUUUUUUUAAAGAUUUUGUUUAUUUAUUUGACAGAGACACAGUGAGAGAGGGAACACAAGCAGGGGGAGUGAGAGAGGGAGAAGCAGGCUUCCCGCGGAGCAGGGAGCCCGAUGUGGGGCUUGAUCCCAGGACCCUGGGAUCAUGACCCGAGCUGAAGGCAGACGCUUAACGACUGAGCCACCCAGGCGCCCCAUGAAUGUCUUUUUCUUUUUAAGAUUUUAUUUAUUUGACAGAGAGAGACACAGCAAGAAAGGGAACGCAAGCAGGGGGAGUGGGAGAGGGAGAAGCAGGCUUCCCGCUGAGCAGGGAGCCCGAUCCCAGGGCUCGAUCCCAGGACGCUGGGACCAUGACCUGAGCCGAAGGCAGACACUUAACGACUGAGCCACCCAGGCGCCCCUUUCUUUGAAUGUCUUGAUGCUCCAGUCCUAGAUUCCUCAUUAUUGGUUAUUUUCCCCAUGUCCAUGUUCCACUUUUUUACAGGGAAGAUGUAAUACAGGGAACAAUGAGCUCGGAGUUCUAGUCUGGGCUUUACAUUGGUCUGAAAGGCCUCCUCCCUGGCUCUGGAGACUAUUCUGCGGGGUACAUACCAAUGAUUCUUCUGACCGCCAUGUUUAUCACACUUGAAUUCCUGUCCAAAAUUUUUGUUUUAAAACAUGCUCCAUAUGUUCCUAUCACAGUAUUCUCUCCCCAUGAGCCCAAGGUUUGGCAGUCAACCCUCUCUUGCUCUUCAACCUACCUACCAAAUACGGCUUUACUCACUAACUUGUCAUUUUUGGCAGAUAAUCAGUUAUUUAAGAGAUGUCUGCUUGGGGCGCCUGGGUGGCUCAGUUGGUUAAGCAACUGCCUUCGGCUCAGGUCAUGAUCCUGGAGUCCCUGGAUCGAGUCCCGCAUCGGGCUCCCUGCUCAGCAGGAAGUCUGCUUCUCCCUCUGACCCUCCCCCCUCUCAUGCUCUCUCUCUCUAUCUCAUUCUCUCUCUCAAAUAAAUAAAUAAAAUAUUAAAAAAAAAAGAUGUCUGCUCAUCUUUAUCAAUCACACUGUUUCCUAUGGGUUUUAGGGAUGUGAGCUAAAAAAUCUGGCUUUACGUAUU